CAGAAGGGCUUGCCUUGGCUUUCAGAGCCAAGGGCAGAAGGAAGGAAGACAGGAGGCUCCUCCAUUCCUCCUUCUCCAUCUUUUGGGCUGGAGGAGGAGGAGGAGGCGGAGGCCUGUGGCCUGGCCUUGCCCUCUGCCCAAGGCCCUCCAGGUCCAGUGUGGGGCGGGGACCAGGGCUCCUCCUUCCUCCUUCCUUCCCUUCCCUCCUUUCUCUCCCUUCCUUCCUUCUCUCCACGUUGCGCCCUGGAGCGCAUCUGGCCAGCUUUCCUUCUCCUCCUCUUCCAUCUUCUUCUCCUGGGGACCAUCCAAAAGGGCUGAGGAUGUCGGGCUUGGACUACCUGGCGGCCGAGUGCCUGGUCUCCAUCUCCAGGGGGGUCUCGGUCCACCCAGUGGCCCCCCAAAGAAACUGGGGGGCUGGGAAUGGAGGGCACCCCUUGGCCCCCAGCCCUGGCCAUGCCCUCCACCAUGCCAGCCUGGGUCCUCCUCCUUCUUCCUCUCCGAUGGGGGGCACCAGGCACCCUCUGCCCCCCUCGGAGCCCCCCCAGGCCAGGAGGCACCGCUGCCCCUUCCCAGGCUGCCCCAAGGGCUACGGCAAGGCCUCCCACCUCAAGGCCCACCUCCGCAGCCACACCGGCGAGCGCCCCUUCCCUUGCAACUGGCCCAGUUGCCAAAAGAGGUUUGCGCGUUCGGAUGAACUGGCCCGCCACUUCCGGACCCACACUGGCGAAAAGCGCUUCGCAUGCCCUCUGUGCGAGAAGCGCUUCAUGCGGAGCGACCACCUCUCCAAACACGUCCGCCGGCACCCGGCCUUCCAGCCUGGCAUGGUCCAACGCUCUGACUGGCACAGCACUUCCCCCAGCGAUUCGGGUGCCAGCAGUCUGGCAGGAAGUCCUGCCCCAGGAAGUCCCGCCUCCGACAGCCCUGGAAGUUUGAAUCCUCACUAAUCUGUAAAAUGGGCGCGUCGGAAGCAAUGGGACUCACGCCGCUUGGUGUCUAUCUCAGGACCGUGUAGGUCUGGGGAAUGCAACCUUUUAAAACACACACACCAACACACACACUGCAACUCCCAUAAUCCCCUGGCUUGCAAUUGCCUGGAGGACACUGGGGAGUUGUUGUCCCAAAAAUGUUACUGACCCCUACAAGCCCUGACCCAAAGCAGGCUGGAGGAUGCUGGGAAUUGUUGUGAAAAAAGAGAUACCUGAGCCCCAGUCUGGGAAAUACUGAGAAUUGUUGUCCAAAGAAAGAAAUAGCUGAACCCCAGGCUGGGGGAUACUGGGAAUUGUUCUCCAAAAAGAGAAACACGCCUGGAAAAAAAUCAAGGAUUUUGUACUUGCAAAAGCUGGAUGUUGUAGUUGCAAAUGUCUGCAUGCCAGGCCUUAUCCGUAGCAUAUGAAGGAUACUGGGAAUUGCAGUCCCUUCCAAAAGUGGCAUACCCAAACUCCAGGCCCUGACCUCUAGCAUGCACCCUGGUCCUACUCCGAAAUACUGUUUUUCAGAAUCCUAGGAGCGAUGCCUCCUUGUUAUCGUCCAUUCCCCUUUCUCCAAAGAAUUAAUAUAUUAAUAUACUGGACCCUCCCUUUUUGGUCCUGUUGGUGACGGUCACUGGAUGGGCAACCAGCUUCGGUCUGAGACCUUGAAUCCAUUGGUCAUUCCCCCGGUGGACUUGAGUACAGUACUACCUUUUAUCCUGUUUGCCAUACAAAAGAGGGAUUCACCUGGCAUCUCUGUGGCUGACAUGGCAUUGCUGGCAAGAUCACUCCACUUUGUUCAUAUGGCGCAAAGUGGAACUGUGGAACUCACUGCCACAAGGUGCCACACUGGCUGCCAACCAGUCAGGUUUCCAAUGGAAAUUGGCUAAAUUUACAAAAGAUGGGGGAAUCAAUGGCUACUUGCCAAGACGGGUAGCAAUAUCUGAGAUGGCAGAGGCAAACCCACCUUGGAACAAAUCUUGGCAAGGACUCAAAGGCACACAACAACAACAGCAACAAUGCCUCUGUUAUCCCAGUGACUGUGGAUUGUGAGACCAAAAGUACCGUUGUAGAGUUCUUAGGUUCAAAUCCCACUGAAUCAAUGCAGUUUAUUUGUGCAUGCGCUGAUUCAGUGGAGUUCGAACUAAGGAAGAGGAUUGAUGGCACCAUCUUGUAUAAAUUUAGCCCAUCCUGGGACAUCAGGAGGCGUUUUUGUGAGAUCCCUUGAACAAAAUAACUGUGUGCUUUCUCACAAUUGAGCAGCCCAGGUGUGAUGGUCUGUAUGGGGACUUGUGUGACGUCAACAUUGCAAUGGCUAGGCAAACCUGAAAUAGGACAUCAACUAUGUACGUAACGGCCUUUACGCCGGGAUAAAACCACAACUGGACUCUAGCCAUUUUUCUCCCUUGGGAUAUUACUUGGAACAUGGCUGGACCGAUCCAAGUUCGGGGCAUUUUAUGUACAUGAUCAGGUUUGCAAGAAAGCACUUUCCUCCCCACUUCUGUGGCGGCUUUCUAUGCAUCGCUGUGUGUUCAGGAUGUGUCUGAAAGACAAUCAAGACAUUAUUGGGUUUCUUGGUUGUCGUUGUCAAGAGUGAAUUUGGGUGCCUUAGUGGUUUUUUGGAGAUAGGGCAAAAAUCUCUCUUUCUGUGAGUUCUCUCUUGCACUUUGUGUUUUUUGGGGAAACAUGGCUCUGUUUGUUUGGCGCAGGAAACUUAAACUUUGGGAAGAUGUUAGGUCAGGGAGUCUGUCACAUCUCACAGUGCCUUUUUUGCACAGAAUUUGAACCCAGGACUUGUAGAUGUCAGAAUAUAGGGCAGGGGAGAGGGAGCAGUUUCCAAAAGCUCAAAAGAAGAGAAGGGAAUUGCUGCAGAUGUUUUAGCACUAGCUUCCCUUCCCUAUGAUCUCAGGGAAUUAUGGAUCCAAAACACACUGCAGAAAUAAUCUACUUUGAGACCGCUUUAACUGCCCUGGCUCAGUGCUAGGGAAUUCUGGGAACUGUAGCUUUUUGAGACAUUUGGCCUUCUCUAUCAGAAGUGCCACUGUGAGUAAUGUAUAGCACGCAACAACCACAAUAAACUACAGUUCCCAGGAGUCCCUAGCACUGAGCCAGGGCAGUUAAAGCAGUCUCAAACAGGAUUAUUUCUGCACUGUGUUAUAUGGACCUUAGUUGCAAGCAUUAGAGAAGAAAUUUGUAUUUUUGAAUUUUUUUAAAAUUGUGGUGGAAAUGUUUUAUUUUUAGUGUGGUGACCCAAAUCCCCCUUGAUACCUCCAUGGUUCCCAUGCAAUGGCAUCCCUUCCAACUCUGUGAGUUGAUGUCCCUCCAUCCCUUCUGGAUUUUUAUAUAAAUGCAAAGCUGCUUAUGCAUUUCUUCCUCUAUAAAUCAAGAAGACCUUUGAGGAAGACGUCUAAGGAAAGCAAGUGAGGGAGGAAGAAAGACUGUGAUCCAAAACACACUGCAAAAAUAAUCCAGUUUGAGACUGCUUUAACUGCUCUGGCUCAGUGCUAGGGAA